AUGAUUAUCGGAACGCAAAACGUGCGCACAUGUGCACUUAUGUUCAUUGUACUUAUUUACUUGAUGUUUGGUGCUGCUGUUUUUAAUGCUUUGGAAUCAAAAGAAGAAGCCCGUCAACGUGCUAUACUUAGACUUCGAAUGGCUCGUAUUCUAUAUAAGAAUGAUACAAUUCAGAACGAGUCAAUUUUUAAUAGUUUAACAACAGCCAUAUUUGAAAAUCGACAUGUACGCAGUGGUACAGCAAAACAAUGGACAUUUCCUGGUGCUUUCUAUUUUUCGACACUUGUCGUUACUUUAAUUGGUUAUGGCCAUACAACACCAAAAACAAAGGGAGGAAAAAUAUUCUGUAUGAUCUAUACAGUUGCUGGAGUACCUCUCAAUUUGAUUAUGUUUCAAUCAGUGGGCGAACGAUUGAAUGCUAUUAUCUCAUUUGUAUUAUCACGUCUUAAACGUUUAUUCGGUUUCCGUCGUCAUAAAGUAUCCGGUUUUGAGUUGAUUGCUGUUGAAUUCGGCAUGACAACAAUACUUGUGCUCGGUGGUUCAUUUAUUUUUUGUAAACAAGAAAGAUGGUCAUAUUUUGAAUCAAUUUAUUAUUCUCUUGUUACAUUUUGGACAAUUGGUUUUGGUGAUCUUGUUCCAAUGGCUAGUGUACAACGUACUGGUCAUUCACUCUACUCUCGUUGGGGAUAUUUCAUCUAUACAAUAUCAUUUAUUUUAUUUGGUCUCGCAAUAAUGGCUUCGUCUUUGAAUCUAUUGGUACUUCGUCUAGCUCAGUUUCAUUCCGAAAAUGGUAUUGGCGGAAUAUCAGACGUUCUCGGUCGAAACGAAGAAGAUCUUAUAGCUGCUGCUAUUGCUGAACAUCGUGCAUCUAUAAGUAUUCAACAACGUAAUCGUAUCUGUUCGAAUGUGGGUCUAAUACAACAACAGAAAGCAUUGUCAUCCUAUUUACCGAUAAAAACGUAUUCAUGGUGGUCAUUGUCAUCAUCGAGUUCUAAAUCAGAUUCUAGUAAAAAUCCACAAGUAGAGACCGCUUGCUGCUCAGGAUAUUCUCUCAUCAAUUGUAGAAAACGUAAACGACGACAUUGGCAACUACGUCGAUCGCCUCAAAAUAUAAAACACUUAUGUUAUUUCAAUCAAAUGUUAGAAAAUCAUAAACUGGCAUUCGUACGAAAACAAUUGAUGCCUAAUCGAUAUAAUCAUCAAAUGACAAAUCACAUAUCAGAAGAAAAUACGCAGAAACAACAUAGAAUAUCAAUUUAA